AGAAGAUGAAAGUGCUUGUGAUGAUUUAAUUUAAUUUAUACGUUAUUCCUACCAAUGUACCAUCUCUGUGGAGCUUCACUUCCAAGUGUUUAAAGCUUUGAACACAGAGAGGUUGGUGUCAUGGGCCAAGUCUUUGACAAGUUUCAGGGUAAUGAAUGGAGGAAAAGGCAAAUAAGGAAGAUAACUGAUCGAGUUUAUGUGAAAGUACAGAAUCAAAGGCAAUGUGAUAACUUGAGUUUUGAAGAUCUGUAUAUUGCUGUUUUACUUGUGUACAAUGAUAUCAACAAGUAUAUUCCUGGUCCCCAUUUUGAUCCUCCAUCAAAAGAGAAAGUUAGAGAACUCAUGAAGAACUGUGACAUCAACUUGGAUGGGGAAAUCGAUCAUGACGAGUUUUUUGAUUUCAUCCUACAAAUGACAGCUGAUACAUUCACUGUGGUUAGUCAAAAACUUAUUGUCACUUUGAUUGUUGCACCAACAGUUGCAGUGGCAACAAAGAAAGCCACUGAAGGUGUCCCAGGUGUUGGGAAAGUGGUGCGAAGGUUACCCAAUUCGGUUUUUGCUUCCCUUGUGACAAUCGCAGCCGUGUGGUUCCAGAAAAGGGGGCAGGAAUCUGCACUCUAGUCCUUGCACAUCAUGUCUUUUAGCAGAAUGAUAGAAGAACUCUCUUGAUUGUACACAUACAUGGGAUUGACACUGUUUCUAUGUUAGUCAUACAAUUGCAGUUGAUAAAAACAAUGGUUGCAGUUCUCAUUUUGGCCAAGUGAUCAACUCUUGAUUUGUCUGUCAAAGGUUAUGCAUGUAAAUAAACUGUUUUCAAUAAAAUUGUAUAAAAAUAUAAAGUUAUUUGUUUUCCUUUACAUUUACUCAUGUCUUACUGAUUUCUAUCAUGAGCUUGAUCUGACUGAUAAAGAUGUUAGAAAUGAAACCUCAAGAGGACUUUAUCUGGUGAAGACUGCUUUCUUACAAGUUUUCAUACCUAACAUUGUAUAGAUUUUACUUCUUUUCUUUUAGCAUGCUAGCAAUACAUGUAUAAGAAAAAAUAGUUGGCUCCUCUAAGGUGAGCAGACUUGUAAAGUAAGAAAGUAAAUGCCUAUGUGAAAUUGGGAACUGUUUGGUACAUAUCUAUCGAGUAACAUCUAAGGUGCCUCAUUUUUCAUUGAUGUAUGAGAUUAUCAUAGGCACGAGAUGCCCUAUUUAAUCUAUGAAAAGUCUUGAAUGUUGGGUAUUAGGUUUGGCCACUUUAAAUUGAAGUUAAUUUUUCCUUUUAAAUUCAAUUUCCUUUAUACAAUACCCAUUUUACACUCAAUUAUUUGGAAUUUGCUUUG